AUGCUACACAUUGAUGGAAUGGAAUCGACGGUCAUUCGAGAAUUAAAGUUUUUGUUGUCUGAAAACUUAAAUAAUCGAUGUCCAGUUGCUCCUCUAGAUAUUUGUGAAUUUCUACUUGAUCCAUCUCAAUUAAAAAUUGAUAUCAGUCGUUAUUUGACUCAAAAUCAAACAACAAAAGAAUUAACAUUAUCUGAAAUGAUUAAAAAGUUCCGAAUCAACCACGAUAUACAAGUAUCUUCAAGUCAAAUGAAUGAACAUCAGCAGCACCAACAACAUCGCAGUCAAAUUCAUUAG